GGUUUUCACCAAGAGUCAAAAGAGAGCACGGUAGAGAAGACACACCCGUUUUCGGAGCCCUGGGAGGAUAGUGAUUUGGUGCUUGUGGUGGAAGAUGAAAAAUUCCACGUCCAUCGACAGAUACUGAGCAUCCAUUCUCCGGUUUUUAAGGUCAUGCUGGGAACAAAGUUUAAGGAAGCAACAGCCAAAGAGAUCCCCUUACCAGGAAAAAAGGCUAAUGAAGUUUCGGAUUUCCUGAAGCAACUGUACUUGAAAGAGAGUGAUAGAGUCACAUGUAAGGGAAAAAUAAGUAAAUUUACUCAUAACUAAGGUCUUUUUACCACAAAUUAUGAUCAAGUAUUUAAUAGUCUUAAAUUUAAAGAAAAAGCUCUGAGGGCGAUGGGAUCUUUUAUGAGCUUUUGGGAACAACGAAGAACAAUAUUGACUAACAACAAUCUGUCAACAGGACUAAUAUACAAAGGAGGAAACCAGCUAACAUAUUAAUAGGACUCAGACAUUAAAAAAAAAAAAGAUUUAUAAAAGGAGGACAUGCAGUGUCGCAUUAGCUUUAAGAGUCCCAAAAAAGUACAGAAUAGGGUAACCAUCAGGUGAGUAACUAACAGUCCUUGCAGAUAAAAAGAUAAAAUAGUGAUCAGAGUCAUUACAAGGAAGUUUUUUUAUAAUUUAUCCCAUUGGAAUGAGGCUUACAGCUGCAAACUAUGCAGCGUGAAAAAUGUGCAGUCGAAUGAAUACAUAAUGACCAGAGAUUAUGAUAUUUUGAUAAUCUUCAGUUGGGAUUAAUUAACAUUUUAAGUGUUAUCAAAUUAAGAUUUAUGUUAACUUUUUUAAAUUUUGAUUUUAUUCAUUUUCUUUCCGUUCGGCUUCCGUUUCUCCUUGGGAGGGGGAGGGUAUAGCUGCAGGUAGGAUAGAACUGAGAGGUCAUAGGAUGUAUGUGACUCCCCCACCCUGUGGUUUUAAAAAGUAACAACAAUAAUUAAAAAUAAAAAAGCUCUAGGUCUGCCCCCAAAAUGAAAAGAGAAAUUUGUUGUAUGACGCUUAGGAAAGUUUAAAGAAAACAGCCACCCCUUUCGGCUAAUAUUCUAUGUUACCUCUCCAUCCAUCUGGUAACGCACAUCAAUUGAAAAGGUCUGAAAAGUCUAAGACGAUGCAUUAGAUCGGCGAAAGCUCGGAAUAAAAAGGGAAAUCCUGUAGCUCAGGGCCUCAAUCGAAUCUUCAAUCUAAUCAUUUAACUAUCUUAUAAAGAAAUCUGUAAAACCUUGAGAUUCUGCGGCAAAUGAUCCAGCUUUUUUAGACGACCUUGGCACUGUCUUCAAAUUUAAGCAGAGACCGCAUGGACGUUGAAAUCUAGUUUCGUGAGCGCGAUGCUUCUGUGAAGUCGGCAGUGGCAAUUGGAGAGUUGAUCAUUAUGUCGAAGGGAUCGCAGCAAGAAACAACUAACUUUAUUAGCUUCGCAGCACCGUUCGCAAAGAGGCCGAGCGUUGAAGGUAGAAAAUCCUCUUGGCCCAAGUCCACUGAGAUAAUGCACCUGGUCUUUCAUGAGAGCCUUAACGGGCGCCACAAUAAAUAUGGCGAACGGCUUCUUCCAGAGAACAGCGGCGAUCGAUCACUGGCGCGGCUUGAUAUAUUUAAGGUUUUUCCAUAGCCAGUUGGUAACGAAACGGAGACAACGUUACCUUCGAAAAAACAAAUUUAUGGCUUUCUGCUGUUCUUCUUAAAAUUUCUCUAUGCCGAAAGUCGUGCAAACUUAAAACCUCGUCGUAAAUCGCUGUUGUUCGUAAACUGUUGACCAAGAAAGCUCUCUAUUCACCAGCUUGAUCGUUAAUAUGAAAGAAAACCACCCACUCUAGCCAAUCAGUAGACUUUUCCUCCCUUCAGUUUUUUUAAGGUGCAUGGGGGGCUAAGCUUAGGCUACUCUUUUUGAAAUUUUUCCAGAUGGACUACUCUUAAUUUUCCCCCUCCCGCUGUGCCGAUUCUAAUUUAAUUUCUGUAUUUUCUACAUGAUAUUAUUUUCAUGACAGUGGACAAAGUCGAACAUCUCUUGAAGUUAGCAGACGAGUACCAGACAAAGUCAGUGUUCAACGUUUGUGUGAAUCUUCUCAAAAGUGAAGUUGCGGGAUCUAAAGAAAAAGCAAUGAGCAUACUUUACUUGGCAAACACUACCGACAUGGCAAGGAAGGACGAAAAGUUAGAUGUCGUUCGUAAAGUAUGCUACGACUACAUCAAAGACAUGGCACUCCAAAAAAUUAUGGAGAAGGAGGAUUUUAAAAACUUAGAACAGGAUGUGAGAGAAAACGUGUUAGUUAAAAGAAUAGAAAAAUUAGAGGAGCUUGUCAAAAAAGUACAUCCUCGGUUUAAGGAUUUAGUGGACUUUUGUGUGACUUUGUGCUUAGAAUCGUCAAAGCAUUGUAAGAAAGUAACUCGUUGCCCCAUGCACUGUAGCGAGAACAGGGCUACACUGUCGCUCUUUACGCUGUUCGAAAAAUGCACAGUUUGUGAAAAAAUGUUACGCGAAUUAAGUUCCCUAUUAUCAGCCUCAAAUCGAUCAAAGCAGGCAGGAGGAUUUGGUGGCGACUUCAUCGAUUUGCAUUCCAUCAUUCAAGAUCUUCAACGC